AUGUCACCGAUUUUCGUUUUGAUGGUGCUGCUCUCGGCAAGCAGUUUGUCAACAUCAAAAGAAGUAUCAGAAAAGUCCAAAGUAUCUAAACUUCUUGCCACUGAAGGAAUCAAGAAUGAGGCAGUUUCUGACAAGGGCGUGAAGAGACACAUUCCAUCGUAUGGCGGCGGUCACUUCAUCGGAUUCUCGUCGCCAGGAAUUAGUCUGGGACAUUCAAUUGGAUACUCCGGAGGUGGUAUUGGAAUAUCUUCUGGAGGUUUUGGCGGCGGGCUCGGUGGAUUUGGUCUGGGUGGUGGUCUGGGAGGAGGAAUCGCUGCAGGACCGGCCAUCGCAACUGUUGCAGGUCCCGCAGUGUCAACCAUCGCAGCAGCACCGGUAGCGGUUGCCCCUGUGGCAGCUGGUCCCGUAGCAGUGGCUCCAGCAGUACAAACAUCAGUUAACAUAGAGCCUAAUCCUGUAAUCCUUCGACAAGAAGUACCUCGCUACAUCACCAGGACCAUAACCCGCGACGUUCAAGUACCUGUGCAAGUACCCGUACCGGUCCCUGUGGACCGUCAAGUGCCUGUCCCCGUGAGAGUUCCUGUACCUGUGACAGUGGACCGACCUGUACCGUAUCCAGUCGUACAGAAAGUCCCCGUGGAGGUCACAAGGCAGGUGCCUGUGUACUACGAGAGGAAAGUGCCAUACCCUGUGAAGGUUCCCGUCAAUGUGCCUGUUCCGUACCCUGUGACUGUCGAAAAGCAAGUGCCAGUUGACAGGCCGGUAUAUGUCGACCGUCAAGUGCCAGUCCCACACCCUGUGUACGUAGACCGACCUGUGCCAGUUCAGGUACCAGUUCAGGUAGAUAGGCCUGUGCCUGUGCCCCAGCCUGUGGUAGUAGACAGACCUGUACCUGUCCCGCAGCCCGUAGUAGUUGAGAGGAGAGUCCCUGUACCAGCUGUGGCUGCUGUUCAAGCUGUCUCUACAGUUCCAGUAGCAUCAUCCUUAUCUUCUGUGGCUCUAGGUCCUGGUUCUGUCGGUCUGGGUGGGAUUUCGGGUGGAAUCGGCAUUUCUAGUGGUAUCCCAAUUUCUGGAGGCUAUGGUGGAUAUAGCGGUGGAUAUAGCGGUGGAUAUGGCGGUGCCUAUGGCGGUGCCUAUGGGGGUGGCUACGGUAUUUCGUCAGGCUAUGGAGGAGGUUUCUCCAAAACAAUUUCGUACAACAGCAUUGGUCACCACUAA